AUGAGGCCGUCUUCGAAGAAGAGCAAAGAUCUCCUGUCUAUUAAAACAGGAGGAAUUCGUUUUCAACGUGGUAAAGGUCAACAUAUUCUAAAAAAUCCACUUCUCAUUCAAAGUAUCGUCGAAAAAGCAGGUGUAAAGUCCGUUGACACAGUUCUUGAAAUCGGUUCUGGCACGGGGAAUCUCACUAUGAAGUUGUUAGAAAAGGCUAAAAAGGUAUGCGCCUUCGAAUUGGAUCCAAGGAUGGUCGCCGAGCUUCAAAAAAGGGUCCAAAACACUCCUUACCGCCGAAAGCUUGAAAUUACAGUAGGAGACGUAAUCAAGGCGAAAAACUGGCCUAAGUUCGACUUGUGUGUUGCAAAUUUGCCCUAUCAAAUCUCAUCCCCCUUUAUCGGUCGUCUAAUUACCGUUGAACAUCACUAUCGCGCUGCCGUCGUGAUGCUUCAGAAGGAAUUCGCUGAUCGCCUCCUAGCUGAAGCUGGUUCAAAAAUCUACUGUCGCCUUUCGGCCAAUGCUCAAUUUCAUUUCAAAAUCGCUCAAUUAAUGAAAGUCAGUCGCAAUAGUUUCAAGCCACCACCGCGCGUUGAUUCCUCUGUCAUUCGAAUAGAACCUCGUCAUCCCAAACCACCGGUUUCUUUUGCCGAAUGGGAUGCCCUACUGCGACUAGUCUUUCAGCGGAAGAAUAAGACCAUUGCGUCGAAUCUAAAAAGCAAUGCAAUUACUGCCUCUCUCCGCAAAAAUUACCUGGCUCUUCUUCAGAAAAAAAAUGAUAGCUCCGGAGAAUCGUGUUCUCCGGACCCUCCAGAAAUUAGUGAAGAGGGUCCAACUGGAUUGGAAGCGAUGCACGCAAAGAUCCGUCGCAUUCUUCAGAAGUCCGGAUUCGAAUCAUCCAGAGCUAGAUCCAUGGAUGAAGAUGAUUUACUUCGGCUACUGCUUGCCUUUCGUAAGGAGGGAAUUCCUUUCGCUUAA